CCCCAGCAGCACAGGCUUCCCAACAGCCAAGCUAACCUGCCUCUGCCCAGGUCAGAAACCAAUGAAAAGAGAGAAAUUCAAGUCAACUCUCCAUUCCUGUGAUAGAGAAGUCUGUCUACACAGGUUAGUGCUGCCCCUGGUGUUCUGAGAGCUGAACAGGGAAAUAACAACUUCGAACCAUCUGGGCUUACCCUCUAAGUUUCACUCAGCAAACCAUCAUCAGCACUAAUGGGAACAAGUUACACUGGCCAAGCACCCACUGUGUGCUGGUCACACUGAUUGAACUCCUAUUAUGCUCCAGGUACUGUUGUCAGAAUUUCAAUAAAUGUCAUCUAAGCUGAACCUAGAAAGAACCUCACAAAGUAGGGUUAUUUAUUCCCUUCAUUAUACAGUGGACUACAAUUCCAGCCAAAGCAGAUAAGAAACACAUGAAGACAAGAGACCCUCAGAAGACAAUCCACAUAGACACAAGACUACAUGGAAGACAGUCUACAAAGAAACAAGAUUCCACAGGAGACAGUCCACAUAGAAACAGGACACCACAGAAGACAGUCCACACAGAAACAAGACAUCACAGGAGACAGACCACACAGAAACAAGCACCUUAGAAGAUAGUUCAUGCAGAAACAGGCCAUCACCAAAGAUGGUCUACACAGAACCAAGACUCCACAGAAGACAGUCCACACAGUACCAAGACUCUAAGGAGGACAGUCCACACAGAAACAAUCACUACAGAAGAUACUCCACACAGAAACAAUCACCACAAAAUAAAGCCCACAUGGAAACAGAACAUUCCAGAAGACAGCCCACACAGAAACAGGAUAUUCCAGGAGACAGUCCACACAGAAACAAGCAACAUACAAGACGGUUCACACAGAAAGAAGACUUCACAGAGGACACUCCACACAGAAACAGAACAUCACAGGAGACAGUCCACACAGAAACAACCAGCACAGAAGACAUUCUAUUCAGAAACAAGACUCCACAGAAGAGAGUCCACAUAAAACCAAGACUCAAUAGAAGAUACUCGACACAGAAACAAUUACCACAGAAGACAGUCCACACAAAAACAGGACAUCACAGAGGACGGUCCACACAGAAAGAAGACUUCACGGGAGACAGUCCACACAGAAACAAGAUUUCACAGGAGACAUUCCACACAACAACAAGACUCCAUGGAAGACAGUCCACACAAAACCAAGACUCCAUGGAAGACAGUCCACAAAAAAAAAAGAUUUCAUGGAAGACAGUCCACACAGAAAUACCAUUUUACAGGAGACCAUCCACACAGAAACAAGAUUCCAGGAAAGACGGUCCACACAGCAACAGAACAUCACAGGAGAUGAUCCACACUGACACAACCAGCACAGAAGACAUUCUAUUCAGAAAUAUGACUCCACAGAAGAGAGUCCACAUAAAACCAAGACUCUAUAGAACAUACUCCACACAGAAACAAUCACUACAGAAGACAGUCCACACAAAAACAGGACAUCACAGAAGACGGUCCACACAGAAAGAAGACUCCAACUCCACAGACACUAGUCCACACAGAGAAAAGACUCCACAGAAGAUAGUCCACCCAGAAACAAGACUCCACAGAAGACAGUCCACACAAAGACAAGACUCUACAGAAAACAGUCCACAUAAAAAUGAGACUCCAUGGAAGACAGUCUACAUAGAAACAAGACUCCACAGGAGACCAUCUUCACAGAAACAAGACUCCAUGAAAGAUAGUCCAUAUAAAAACAAGUCUCCACGGAAGAGAGUCUACACAGAAACAAAACAUCACAGGAAACAGUCCACGCAGAACCAAAGCUCCAGGGAAGACCGUCCUCACAGGAACAGAAUGUCAGAGGAGAUGAUAUACACUGACACAAGCAGCACAGAAGACAUUCUAUUCAGAAACAAGACUCCACAGAAGAAAGUCCACAUAAAACCAAGACUCUACAGAAGAGACUCCACACAGAAACAAUCACUACAGAAGACAGUCCACACAAAAACAGGAUAUCACAAAAGACAGUCCACAAAGAAAGAAGACUCCACAGGGGCUAGUCCACACAGAAAUAAGACUCCACAAAAGAUAGUCCAUAUAGAAACAAGACUCCACAGGAGAUGGUCUACAGGGAAACAAUUACCACACAAAUUAGUCCACACAAAACCAGAACACUACAGAACACAGUCCACACAGAGACAGGACAACAUAGAAGACAGUCCUCACAGACACAGGACAUCACACAAGACAGUCCACACAAAACCAGAACAUUACAGAAGGUGGUCCUCACAGCGAGAAGCCUCUAUAGGAGGCAGUCCAUAUAGAAAUGAGACACCACGGAAAACAGUCCACACAGAAAUAAGACAGUCCUCACAAAAAUGGGACUCCACAAAAGACAGUGCACACAGAAACAAGACUUCAGGGAAGAUAGUCUACACAAAAACAAGACUCCAUGGAAGACAGUCUAUACAGAAACAAGACUCUUCAGAAGACAGUCUAUACAGAAACUGGAUUCCAUGGAAGACAGUCUACACACCAGCAAGAGUCUAUGGAAGACAGUCUACACAGAAACAAGACUCUUCAGAAGACAGUCUACACAGAAACAGGCUACACAGAAACAGGACUCCAGGGAAAACAGUCUACUCAGAAACAAGACUUCAUGGAAGACAGUCCACACAGAAACAAGACUCUUCAGAAGACAGUCCACACAGAAACUGGACUCCAGGGAAAACAGUCUAUACACAAGGAAGACUCCAUGGAAGACAGUCUACACAGAAAGACGACUCCACAAGAGACAGUCUUCACAGAAACAAGAGACCAUGGAAGACAGUCCACACAGAGACAAGACUCCAAAGAAAGUCCACACAAAAACAAGAGACCACGGAAGACAGUCCACACAGAAACAAGACUCUAUGGAAGACAGAGACAGGAUUCCAUUGGAGAUAAUUUACAGAAAAACAGUGCACAGAAGAUGGUCCAGUGCAGCUCCCUGGACAGAAGGGGAAGAGUUUGCUGAGUAUGACAGCCUGAGGGUUUCUCUGGGUAGCCUUGGCUUUCCUGGAACUCACUCCGUAGACCAGGCUCAGAAGUUAACUGCUUGAAGCUAUCAGCUUUUGGCCCCAGAAUAGCAAGAGAAAGUUAAUGGCCAGAGGACAUCAGCCUCUGGUGAUCUGCCUUUCUGCACCUCACUCAGUACCUGACUUGGGGCAGCUCAGGUGGAGACACUGCCCUAACCUGUCUUUUCUGUCACAGUUGUCUUCAUGGCCUUAUCAAGUCGACAAGGUGACUACACUGUCUGUGGAUUACAUGUGCCAGGGCAUGGCCUGAUGUGACAAGCCCACUUCUGACAAGAACCUUCCUGCUACUCCAAUGCUGCAGUGACCAGCUCCAUGGUCUAUUCCAUCAUUACAGCUGUUGACGGUGCACACGCCACACCAGUGCUAUUACUGAGCUACAACCCCACCAUUGUUUUACUAGGGAAACGAGGCUGCCCAAACUCAGAGUGAUGGAAUUAAAGGCGUGAGCCAC